AUGCCCGCCGCCUACCCGCAGCGGGCCCUGACGGUGCUGCUGCUCUUCGGCACGCUGGCCGCCGCCAUGGCCCUGCUCGCCUCCAGCCUCAUCUUCCAGCUGCCGUCGGGGCGGGCCGGGGCCGGGGCCGGGGCCGGGGCCGGUCGAGGGGCUCUACCGGAGCGGGCGGCCGCUGUGCUGCUGCCGGUGUCGGCCGUGCUGGCCGCGCUCUGCCUGGUCCUCAACGUGAGCUGCCUCCUGCUCUGCCUCCUCCACGGCUACUUCAGCACCGAGCUGUGCCGGGGGCAGCCCGGGCCCGACCGGGCAGACUGGUUCCUUCUGGACAGCCGGACGGUUCGCCACACUGCCAUCGGCUUGUUCUGCUGCGGGGUCUCAGUCUACCUAACAGCUCUCGCCAUCUACAUGCUGCUGCUGUUUGAACUGGAGGCUGGCAUUGCCAGCGCCUGCAUUCUCUCCUCCGGCAUCAUCGUCCUGCUGAUCACGGUGACGCACGCCCUGGUACGGGCUUCCCAGGUUUCGCGCCGCAGCCGCUCCGAGGUCUCCCACACCCUGUACGAGAACGACUCUGCCCAGCACAGCGAAUCCUCCACCAGCGAUCUGAACAACAAGAAUGCGGCUGUGCCCCGGUCCCGGCCUGAGAUCCACCGGGAAUUUUCCUUCCCUCCUUUCCUGGAGCGCAAAUCCCAGCUGGGCUCUCCGGCCAGCAGCAACCUCACCUCCUCAGGCAGCCCUGGGCUUCGCUCCGAGAAGGAGAGCUACAACCUGCCCCGAACGCACAGGACGCUGUCGGCAGAGUCCGGCCUGCUGCAGGCGCAGGGCAAGCCCUGGAACGGCGUCACCCAGGAGAUGAGGAACGUGCUGUCACGCAAACCUGGAGCCUCAGGCAAGGACUCGACUCUGGUGUGA